CAGAUAUUUAAAAAUAAUACUUUGUUAAAUAAAAAGAAAAGGAACGCUUAGAUGAGAAAGAUACCAACAUGUAAAUGGAAGAUGUGGCAGGGAUUUCACCGGGAUGGACAACAUCUACCACCAGGACAGCGUGCGGCCGACGAUCAUGCAACUGGACCCGGUGACGCAGUUCAUCCGCAGCAUCUACAACAUCGGACUGAUCUUCAUCGGAGUCACGGUGGGCGCGUGGCUGCUGCUCGUGCUGACCAAUACCCAUCUGCACACGCACCUUCCGUUUCCCAGCUACGUCCUGGCCAGCAUUGUCUUUGUGGUGAUAGUAUGCAUGCACUGCAUCCCAAGGCUAUCCCACUACUGGAUCUCCAAGUGGUUUCUGGCUGCUGUGGUGGUGGUGUGUACCACCUUGUUCGGCACCUAUCUCCUCGACGACUUGACCAAGUUCGUCAUCCUGGGCGUGAUGAUCGGCGUGGCCCUGAUCAUCCUGUUUCUCAACUUCGCGGGCGCCAUGUGUCCGCAGGAGUUCCUGCCCGGUGGCGUCUGUUCCACGCUGCUGAUGAUGGCCCUGCUGUUGUGCUUGUUCAUCGUGGGAAUCGUCCAGAUCUGCACCGGAAAUGUGUUCGUACUCGAUGCCUUCGCUAGCAUUUUGUUCGUGAUGGUGAUCAUAGCGAUACCCAUCCAGGCGCAGUUCAACCACGUCCGCCUGGACACCGUGGAGGUGGUUCCCAAGGAGCACCUCAUGGUCUGCGCCCUGACCUUGUACCUGCACUCCAUGAUCUUCUUCUUCUGCGUGUGCUACUUCAUCCUGGUCGAGGAGCGGAAGGAGGCCAUCAGGCGAACAACGGAAGGCCCGAAAAUCUCACUUGAAAAUGACUUCGAUUGAGCGAAAUCGCUGUCAUCAUGCGAUCGAAACUGUGUCACCAUGGAGCUGUGGACCAAAGGAUACUGUCAUCCAGUCUAAUCACAUGGCGGCAUGUAUAGCCUUGGGGGUACAGAAAAUACAAAUACUGACUCAUUGUAAGGCAAAAAGUCUGUUAACUCAAUAUAAGAAAAGAUAUUCAUUUACUU